UUGGGCCGUCAAACUUCAACCCAUCAUCACUUCCCUUCCUCGAUGACCGACGUCGAAAAAUGAAUGCUCUGCACAAAAACGAAAAUCAAAUCGCCGAGAAACAAUGGCGACGACUCGAAGAAGUCGAAACCCUAAAAGACGAGAGCUAGCUCUAUCGCAAACCCCAUUUCCAGAAAAAUCAAAGAAAAGUAGAACACAACCAUCAUCAGCAUCGUCGUCGUCUUCGUCUCGAGAGCCGUACCCUGACCAUCCAAACCCUAGCCCCGAACAAUGCCGCUCGGUCCGAGACGAUCUCCUCCAACUCCACGGAAUCCCCCAGCAGUUCGCUGCUGCAUACAGACAAAGAUCAUCAGCGACAACAGCGAACGCUGAAGCCAUCAGCGUUCUUGAUGGCCUCAUCAGCACUCUGCUCUCUCAGAACACCACCGACGCCAACUCGUCUAGGGCUUUCCAGUCCCUCAAAUCCUCGUUCCCAACUUGGCAGCAGGUUUUGGAUGCGGAUCCGAAGAGCUUGGAGGGUGCGAUUAGAUGCGGGGGUUUGGCGGCGACAAAGGCGGCUAGGAUCAAGAGUAUUCUUGAGGCUGUGAGGGAUAAAAGAGGGGAGUUUUGCUUGGAGUAUCUGCGAGGGUUGCCGGUGGACGAGGUUAAGGCUCAGUUGUCUCGGUUCAAAGGAAUUGGACCCAAAACAGUGGCAUGUGUUCUAAUGUUCCAACUUCAGAAAGAAGAUUUCCCAGUUGACACUCAUGUAUUUCGGAUUGCAAAGGCCCUUGGUUGGAUUCCCAUGAAAGCUGACAGGGAAAAGGCAUAUCUUCAUCUUAACAAGAGGAUACCUGAUGAACUGAAAUUUGAUCUGAAUUGUCUUCUUGUAACUCAUGGGAAGCUCUGUGAGAGAUGUGUCAGUAAACGAGUAAUCAAUCCUUGUGAAUAGAAACUUAUGUAAUGCCAAGUGUUUGAUAUCAUAUCAAUCAACUGAUCACCAUGGAUGCCUACCACAUGGGACCUCAUCAUAUCAGGUUUAUCACCAUGGAUGCCUACCACAUGGGACCUCAUCAUAUCAGGUUUCCUCAUUUUAUUUUAGAUGUAGCAACUUGAAAGGAUGAUGGCUUGUCUGCUUUUGUGGGCAUACUUGUUAUCUGAAAUGACAAAUGGCUUGGUGGGAGUUAUGCAAGAAAGCAGAACGUGAUAAAGCAAGAAAGUUUGGGAUGGGAGCCGAUAGCCUGUGGAACUUCUUUUUUCGGAGGUCAUCCACCUUCUGGGGAAAAAGAAAAUCCACAACUUCGGAUGGAGAUUUGGUAUAAGACAACGGUACUACUAAUAAACUGAUAAACUUUUGAAAUUGACUCCAAUAAUGCCAAGACCACUGUCCGUUUACAUAUAUACUUUCUUGUUUAUGGAAAAUGGUAAGAGAUUGAUGACUUGACGCAUCUUUCAGCUUAGCUUUUUCGCUAUUUAAAGAAGAUAUGCUCUGAUUUGAAAAGAAUGAAUCUAUCUCCUUGCCUCAUCACCCACUGCUGAUAGUCCUGUGGUGGCGCAGUUAAGUUCCAUCCUUUAGAACCAUCUCCUUUUCUAUAACACGUUUUACAAUUACUGCAAGAAUUUUCUUCUUUUUGUGUGAAAUGCAUUAUUUAGGGCAAUGACUAAAAUAUAGCUUCAUGUGUAGGUUGUAUAUCCAAAUUAACAAUCACAAAACCGGGGACUUUGAGCAAGCUGAGAUGUUUUAUAUUUUCUUUUAUUCACAUGGCACUCAAUCUUUCUGUUUGAGAGCCACUGAAUGACUUUUCUUGCUUGCUGUGAAGUAAAAAAGCGAAGGAUCUAGUAUACCUUUGAAGUUGGAAGAUUAGCUAAUUUUAUAAUAUCGGUACUUUUUGAAUUAUCAAUUGUUAUUUAAUCAUAAUGCCUCUAAACUGACAUUUUCUAGUGUGAAAUGAUUAUCUGCAUGCACAAACACUAAAAAUAAAUCCUGUAGAGGACCCUCCAUAGAAAAUCAUAUAGGUAGAUGGGAGAUCGUGACAUCCGUCCUAGCUCAAAAAGCAGGCGGUAGUUGGAAAACCAGAAGGCGACCCAUAAUGUCCCUACAAAAGCUUAAAGUUGGAUGGUCAUCAACCAUAUGUUUUAAGAUUUGUGCUGGGAGACACAUGGCAAAUCCUCCUAGCUCUCUGUAUGAUUUACGGAGGAGUCGCUAUAGGAUUUCUUUUUCUACUAACACAUACUAGCGGGCAAGCCGGGC